UGGGACAGCAGACCCUCUAUUCACAGCUUUACAACUUCAAUUCCCACCCCUACUUGUGUGAUUCCAAACCAAUUUAUAAAAUCUGUCAACAAUCCCAACUCGAUUUCUCGCAAUUUCAGUGAUUUUCUCAGGUACCCAAUUAAUCUUUUACUCUGCCAUUGUUGUACGGCAACAGGAACACAACAGUAAUAGCUGUUUUUACAUCAAGCUAGGGUAACAUGCUUUGAUUAACAUUAUUGUUCAUUUAACGACGAAAAAGAGUUGUAAAAUACGAGAUUGAAGGCAGGAUUAACUGAUAACCACAGUUGUUUUGCAGAAAUAACAACAAAAGUUCGAUAAAGAGAACCUUGACAGUGUGUAAGAUGGGAGAGAUUGGAGGGACAUCUAUGGCUGGCGAUGUCAAUUUUGGUAAAAUGGUUUUUGAACCAAUUCUAGAAGAAGGUGUUUUCAGGGACGCCACUGUUAUGAGUGAUCACAAAGUUCCAUCAUACAUCCCAACUUCUCAAUAUCUUGCUGAACAACAAAUUGUCUAUUUUGAGCUUCCAGCAGGAACGUCAUUCUAUGGAACAGGUGAAGUUGGUGGAGAGCUCGAAAGAACAGGGAAAAGGAUUUUUACUUGGAAUACUGAUGCAUGGGGGUAUGGUUCUGGAACUACAUCCUUGUACCAAUCACAUCCAUGGGUUCUGGCCAUUCUUCCUAAUGGAGAGGCAUUGGGGAUUCUUGCAGAUACAACAAAGCGCAGCGAGAUUGAUCUGCGUGAAGAAUCGAUAGCAAAGCUAACUGCACAAUCACCUUUUCCUGUGGUAACAUUCGGGCCUUUUGGUUCAGCAACCGAUGUUUUAACAUCAUUGUCACAUGCAAUUGGAACUGUUUUUAUGCCACCAAAGUGGUCACUGGGAUAUCAACAGUGCCGUUGGAGCUAUGACUCUGAUAUGCGUGUUCGUGAGAUUGCCAAAACUUUUCGGGAUAAAGGUAUACCUUGUGAUGUCAUAUGGAUGGAUAUUGACUACAUGGAUGGCUUUCGUUGUUUCACGUUUGACCAGGAGCAUUUUUCUGAUCCAAAAUCUCUAGCGGAUGACCUUCAUCACAUUGGUUUCAAAGCUAUCUGGAUGCUUGACCCAGGGAUCAAGCAUGAAACAGGUUACUCUGUUUAUGAAAGUGGAUCAGAAAAGGACAUAUGGGUUCAAACAUCUGAUGGAAAGCCCUUUGUUGGAGAGGUAUGGCCAGGACCUUGUGUUUUCCCUGAUUUUACUCAAGAGAAAGCUCGUUCAUGGUGGGCUAAUCUAGUAAGAGAUUUUAUGUCUAACGGAGUGGAUGGCAUAUGGAAUGAUAUGAAUGAACCAGCUAUUUUCAAGUCCAUAACAAAGACAAUGCCCGAGAGUAACAUUCAUAGGGGAGACGCUGAACUUGGUGGUCAUCAGAAUCACUUGCACUAUCAUAAUGUUUAUGGCAUGCUGAUGGCAAGAUCAACAUACCAAGGCAUGAAAUUAGCGAACCCAAAUAAACGCCCAUUUGUUCUUACUCGAGCUGGGUUUAUAGGUUCUCAGAGGUAUGCUGCUACAUGGACGGGCGACAAUCUUUCUACUUGGGAACACUUACAUAUGAGCAUCUCUAUGGUACUCCAGUUGGGUCUCAGUGGUCAGCCAAUUUCAGGGCCAGACAUUGGUGGAUUUGCCGGUAAUGCAACACCCAAGUUGUUCGGAAAAUGGAUGGGUGUUGGGGCCAUGUUUCCAUUUUGUCGUGGGCAUUCCGAGAAGGGAACUAUCGAUCAUGAGCCUUGGUCCUUUGGGGAGGAGUGCGAGGAAGUUUGCCGUUUGGCGCUAAAGAGGCGGUACCGCCUUAUACCACACAUAUAUACACUUUUUUACUUGGCACAUACAAAAGGUUCCCCAGUGGCAGCUCCUACAUUUUUUGCUGAUUUGAAAGAUCGCCAGUUAAGAACAAACGAGAAUUCCUUCCUGUUAGGGCCACUUCUUGUAUAUGCAAGCACCGUGAGUGAUCUUGGGGUGCAUCAACUGCAGCAUACUUUGCCUAAUGGCACUUGGAUGAGUUUUGAUUUCCAAGAUUCACAUCCGGAUUUACCAGCACUCUAUCUAAGAGGUGGAUCAAUUAUCCCAUUUGGUCCAGCUCAUCAACAUGUCGGUGAAGCUAAUGCAAGUGAUGAUCUAUCGUUGCUUGUUGCUUUAGAUGAAAAUGGUAAAGCUGAAGGUGUUCUCUUCGAAGAUGAUGGUGAUGGCUACGAGUAUACUAAUGGAGGUUAUCUCUUGACAACAUACAUUGCCGAGCUUAAGUCUUCAGUUAUCACAGUGAGCGUUUCCAAGACUGAAGGAUCGUGGAUGAGACCGAAUCGACGCUUACAUGUACACCUCUUGCUUGGCGAAGGAGCUAUGAUUGAUGCAUGGGGCACCGAUGGAGAAGAUGUGCAGAUCAUCAUGCCAUCGGAUACUGAAGUGUCAAAACUGAUAUUGGAUAGCCGCAACAAUUACAAGAUGAAAAUGGAAACUGCAAAGCGUAUUCCGGAUGUGGAGAAGGCAUCUGGAAAUAAAGGGAUUGAGCUUUCGGGAACUCCUGUGGAAAUCAAAUGUGGUGAAUGGGCUCUCAAAGUUGUCCCUUGGGUUGGGGGUCGAAUUAUUUCUAUGGACCACCUUCCUACCGGAACUCAGUGGCUUCAUAGUCGGGUUGAGAUUAAUGGGUAUGAAGAAUAUAGUGGUACUGAGUACCGUUCUGCUGGUUGUACUGAGCAGUAUACUGUUAUCGAUCGAGAUCUUGAGCAAGCAGGAGAGACAGAAUCUCUGAAAAUGGAAGGCGAUAUUGGAGGUGGAUUAGCUCUCGAAAGGAAUAUAUCUAUCUCGGAAGAUAACCCGAAACUUUUCAAGAUUGAUUCCAGCAUUGUAGCAUGCAAUGUGGGUGCUGGUUCUGGAGGAUAUUCAAGGCUUGUUUGUUUACGAGUUCAUCCAACAUUUAGUCUAUGGCAUCCAUCCGAAUCAUACGUCUCAUUUACCGCCAUUGAUGGGUCCAAGCAUGAUGUAUGGCCAGAAUCCGGGGAGCAGUUUUAUGAAGGGGAUCGUCGUCCCAAUGGUGAAUGGAUGCUCGUCGACAAGUGCCUUGGCUUGGGUUUAGUCAACAGAUUCAAUAUUGACCAAGUUUACAAGUGUUUUAUAUAUUGGGAUUGCGGGACUGUAAAUUUAGAGCUUUGGUCAGAAGACAGACCUGUUUCGAAGCAAUCCCCUCUUCGUAUUUCUCACAACUACGAAGUUACGCGGAUUUUGUAGAUGAAGCACAUGUUAUUUGGUAUGUACUUGUUGCUUCUGUUGUAUUUCUCUUAAGUCUUAGAUACGUUUCUCGAAAUAAUGCUCCCUAUCUCCUUAUGUUUGAAUAAUAACCGAUAGUGAGAGCCAAUUACAUGGUUCUGUAAGCACAUUAUCUAUAAUGAAUAACGUAAGACCAUUAUAUUUCA